AAAAACACAGACAAAUAAAAAACGAAUGAAUACAACUAAAGUUUAAGUUUUUCAGAUGCAAAAACGAAGAAAUAAAAGUCACGUAAAUCGGUGAAUAAGAAAUAAUCAGGAGAAAAACUUGAUUGAUUAAAAACCAAGAUAAAGAAAAAUUUGUUGUCAAUUUCUUCUAAAGAAAUUCAAUAAAAUUUUGAAAAGAAUAUAAAUGCAUCACUUAUGUGCAAAAGAUCAAUCUUAGGAAAUUUUUAAAAUACGAGUAUAAAUCAAAAAAGGAAAAUAUGUUGGCGAAGUAAUCCUGGCAUCCUUAAAAGAAAUUCUUAGAUUUAUAAAUAGGAGAAUCGAAUUGUAUCAAUCCUAGAAUAAGAAUGUUUAGACCCUUAAAGAAUUUUAUAACAUACUUACAAAGGAAUGCAAGCAGUAGUUCGCUAUUUGGUGGUAAUACGUCGUCCUUAGCUUCACAAGAAACAUCUGAAAGGGAAAUGAAUUCAAUCAAAGUUACAUCAUCUGCGCAAAUGGACGAUGUAAAUGUUACAUCGACCGAUACAGUUCCCAUAAAAGCAAUCUCUCCUACGCAUAGGGGCAGAGAAGACGAAGAGGAAGUGGAGACUUCAAAAGUUGCUGAUAUUACUUGUUCAGAUUUGCUAACGUCAACAAAUACCAACCAAGAUUUUGAUGAGGACGACAUAGAGACACAAAUAAAAAGUAGUAUUAUGCUAAAGAAGCCAUUAAAAGACAAUGCUAGUGAUAUCGCCUCAAAUAUAACCAUCAAUACAGUUGAUGUAUUAAAUAUAACAAAACCCCCGGUUGCCUCCAGUAUUGUUAUUAGUCGCGAGCACAAUUGCAAUCACCCGUCUACGGCAAUAUCGCUGGACGAUGAGUUGGAAGAUUUUCGUCAUGAUCCCACAGAAGAUAUAGAUCAUCAAAUGACCAUCUCUGAUUUCACGGAUUUGGCUGAAGGUGAACAUACUGAUACAACUGCAAAAAUAGGAGAUUUAAUUGAGCUGACAAGUAAUAAUUCGACCAUGGCUUUUAGUAAUUUAUCCGAAGUUCCAGAGGAACCAUAUUUAGAUAUAGAGCAAUUUCCAAAUAAUGAAAUAAUUGUGGUGGGUGAAGACGAGCUAAAUUCAUCUAUAAUAUCAGAAUCAUCCAUCAAUGAUGACCCUUUGGCUAUAGUCAAUGAUGAGGAACACGCAUUUACCGUAGAUCGUUCAGCUGCUCUAAAAGAGUUAAAUUUACUGAACGCUAGCACCGCAUCAAUAGCAGAUGAUGAUUUUAAUACCGUUACUACAGAAGACGACCUUGAAUGCUGGUUGGAAAACGAAGCUAAGCAUCAGUAUAUUUCAGUCGAUGCGGAAAAAGGCAGAGACGUAUUGUUGUCAACGGCAACAAUAUCAAGCACAGAUAAAGUACCGCCUACCGAUGAGCGAGGAGAAGGUUCAGAUUCGGGCUUAGGCAGUGAGACAACUGCUUUGCCAAUUGAUGUAAGCAAUUUGAGUGAUACCUGUCAACCAGCCUCGCCUUCCACGGGGCCUUCUACUUUAGCAGAAAAAUCGAAAUCAAUUACAAAAGUUGAGAAUGAACCAAAAAAUGUUUUGUCAAUAUCUGCAGCGGCUCGGGAAUCGAUUAAGCCGAAGCGUUCUAAUUUAAAGCGUCGCCUGGAAGCAGUUGAUGAUGAUGAUGACGAUGAUGUCGGUCUACACGAUCUGACGGGAGGCAGUAGGCGUUUAACCGACUCGCAUUCGUCCGUGCAAAAGAAGCCGAAGCGUUCUAUCAAUUUCAACACGGUACAGGUGUUUUAUUUUCCCCGUCAACAGGGUUUCAGUUGUGUUCCUUCUGCUGGUGGCUGUACAUUGGGUAUGGCGGCACAUCAUGUGGCUUUUAAAACCAUGACACUGGCGGAACAUGCUGCAGAACUAAGAAGAGCGCAUCGAAUGCAACUGCAAGAAAUCAAUCCACGGGGGUCAUCCAGUGACGACAGCGAAGAGUCCGAGGAAGAUUAUUUGAGUGAGGGAAGCGGUUCAGAUUUGGAUGCCGAAUCUAGUGGCUUCCUGCAACCGGUAUCACCCAAGCAAAGACGGGCUUUGUUAAAAGCUGCUGGUAUCCGAAAAAUUGAUGCAAGUGAAAAGGUUGAUUGUCGUGAUAUACGGAAUUCACGUGAAGUGUGCGGUUGUACAUGUCGUGAUUUUUGCGAUCCAGAAACUUGUUCGUGUUCACAAUCGGGUAUAAAAUGUCAGGUGGAUCGUGAUAUGUUUCCCUGUGGAUGUUCUCGCGAUGCUUGCGGUAAUACGGUCGGUCGUGUAGAAUUUAAUCCGGCUCGAGUGCGCACGCAUUUCAUACAUACGUUAAUGCGACUUGAGAUGGAAAAUCGUCAACACCAGAACCCUUAUCAUGUAAAUUUAUCAACAACUUCCACCGUUUCCUCCACUACAAACGCUUCUCCCGUUAAUUUUUAUCAAUCUCAUAUGCAACCACAAUCGAAUUAUAGUUCCGGGUACGCCUCUCCUGCCUACAAUGCAAUGGACCAAAAUCAACAGACAGUUCCAGCAAACGAUUUUUACCAACAGCAACAACAGCGAAACAAUACUGCUCAUCUUUACGGCCCCCACACAGCCGCAAUAGAUGUAAUUGCGCAUAGUGUGGGCAAUGCUUUACCAACUUCGACAACACCACUGAGUCAAUAUGGUGUGGAUAGUUUGAUCGAUAAUAAUUUAUUUGCAGGCGCAACAUCCGUCACAACGGGGUAUGGUGACUUGAUACCGGUAUCGACGUAUCAUAACACGAAUUAUGGAAACGUUGCAACACAGGAAAAUCGUUCCUUACCCGCCUCCUUAAAUUUUUUACAGGUUUCCACAUACAAUUCCUACCCCGAUGCUGCUCCAUAUAUAAGUAUGAAUGGUACAAAUUUGUUAGACACGCAACCGACGACUUUUAAUUCUUGUUCUAUGCCUUCUGAUCGGCCUUACGGUACAGCUACUACUACAGAAUCGUCAGUAGUUGAGUUUACCAACACCAGUCAAAUGACAACACUCGAAACAACCACCGCACCAUCUUAUCCACCCUUGUCCAACGAGUCCUUUGUAUGUACAAUGGAAACGGAAGCAACAACUAAUUUUAUCAGUUUAAGUACACCCUUGGCGAGUUCCACGCAUCUCACAGAAAUCAACGAUUUAUUGCAAUGCAAUCGUAACAAAAGCUCACCAGCAUUGGUUGCUGUAACCCAAAAGCAGGCAAUGCAAGAUGCUGUAAUACGCCAAAAGGAACAAUUGGGCAAUGAAAUAAAUGCUAACGGACAUGAAUGCGAGAGUUAUAGCAAAGAUGCUUUUGAUGAUAAUAAUUCAUUAGAGUCGAAAGGCAUAUAUGAAGAGCUAUCAACUAUAACAGCAGGAGAAAAGGCUAAAGGUAUUAAUAUUAAGUUGAACUCUGAAAAUAUGUCAAAGCGAGCAUCAAUACCAUCCACUACUUUAUCCUUACCUGAAGAAAACCAAGAAUAUUUGGAAAUAAAUCACGCGUUAUGCGGGGAUUUAUCCGCUCAAUCUUGUAAUUAUGUUGAUCACAAUAAAAGCUUGGCGAAACAAUUUGUAAAAUGCGAAACAGAAAUUGCUGACGAUAUUAUAAACGUGGUUAGCAAUUAACUGCUAUGGUAAAUAUUAAUAUAUUUACUACAGGUUUGUUGCUAGUGCAGCAAAGUGUUUUUACUAAAAAGUUCUAAAUAAUUUGUAGGCUAACGAUUUUAAUUAAAUAGCCUCAUAA